AUGGCGGCAGCUGAGCCCAGUCACGCACACUUCGACGACCUAUUCGCGUUCUGGGUCGGCGGUGACUACGGAUACACAGGGUUCCAAUCCCAAGGCGCCGCUCCAUUACCUGGCUCACCCACAUAUCAAUCCGACUCGUUCACAGCACAAAUCACACCACCACCGCAAGAGUUGCGACGACGACAAGAUUCCAACGUGCAAGUCAGCACCGUCCCUGGCGACUAUCAAGGGCUGUCAUCACUCGGGUCGUUGUGCGGCUACGUAACACAAGACGUCCACGCUCCGCUAUACUGUGACGAAGGGCUCUUUUGCUUCACAGAUGGCCGAUUUCUGCAAUGCUGCUCGAGCACCGCCGCGAGCACGACGACGACGCAGUGGGUCUACACCUUGGUCUCCACAGGCCGGGACGUCGGCGGCACGUCGACAACCAUCUCUACAGACAGUGACCUCACGCCGUUGACGUCGACAUACGGCGUGUCGUGCGGCUCGCAGAUCACGACGUGCUACAACUACAACGACACCGCGAGCUGCACGGGGUCCGACUCCUGCACGACCGGCGGCGCCCUUCUGUGCACAAACACCAACUUCCCGUUCUGCGCCUCGGUCUACGCGCCGUCGACGUACAUCGAGACGGUAAGCACGGGCGCCACCGCCAGCUAUGUGUACAAGACGUCGCAAAUCGGCCUGUCCUACCGGUGCGACACGACCGAGUACGGCCUCUGGUACACGAACGCUGGCUACUUCCCGUCCGUCACGACCACCUUCCCUGUGUCCGCCACUUCAGACGGGGUCGACUUCACCCCGUCCACCGUUCCGUACAGCAGGACGCAACCCUCGCGACAGGCAUCGUCGGCCGGGCCAGCGACUCCCACGUCAGCAUCGCCGUCGGCAGGCCUGUCGGCCUUCAGAGACGUUCCGCGCUCCAUCAUCUGGACCAUAUCGUUCUGGCUGGUCAUGGCGUUUCUGAACAUCCUGUUAUACUUUCUGUACGAAUACCUCUACUCGGAGCCGUAG